AUGCCUUACCUCAAGCAAAUAGUGGCCGUAAGGCGCAAAGCAGGUAUUACCAGGCAAGAAUUUUUCAACUACCACUUUCAAGUACACGGCAGGAUCAGUGUCGCUCCCUCGCCAGCAGAAACCCCAUCGAAAUAUUUUCAGAUUCACUUGGAAGAUGCGGCCUAUCAUUCAACAGGCCCAAGUGACAGCGCGAAUGCGAACCCGUCAUGGGCAUUUUCUGACGAUAUCACCGAGCUGUAUUUUGAAUCAACAGACCAUUUCAGUCGCGUAUUUCAGUCCUUAUGGGUCACAGAAGAGGUGGGACCGGAUGCAGCCAAUUUUUCGGACUUUGGUGCUUCUCUGCCUGUCACGGUGCAGGAGAUGGCCGUUCCACUAAAUGGGGACGCACCUUCGGUGAAUGAUGUUUCACUGUCUGGAUCUUUGGUAGCCAUGUACUUCAUAGCCAAGGCCACUGAUGAUAUUGAGGCAAAUGAUUUGGUGUCUGGAUUUGCAGGCAUCUUGCAACGAUUCGACCCAACCCAAGUCCGUGCUCUCGUGGCUAACGUUCCAGUGGACCUUCCAUUCGACCCAAAUUCCUACUUCGGAAGUCAUUCCGGACGACCUCGCUUCGACCUUGUCUUGGCUAUUCACCUACGCGAUAAAGCUGGCGUGUCGAUCUUGAGAACAGCGCAGAAAGAAUUCGAGGAAACAUAUGUAUCCCAUAUCAAUCUUGGAAGCAGUUGGAUUGCAUUCGGCCAACGCGCUUUGGUCUUCGACCAAGAUCAAGACAUCAAGUUUGACCCUGGUCGCCAGCCCUCCCUAUAUGGGAACUGA